GUCCCUGAAUUCAACACAUAUACGCAUACACAUACGCUCUCGCCAAUACACAACAUCCAACAUGGGCAAAGCGGAAGCCGGAAGCACGAAAUGGGUCGCCAACAAGAUGAAGUCAAAGGGUCUGCAGCGGCUGCGCUGGUGGUGCGAGCCGUGUCAAAAGCAGUGUCGCGAUGCCAACGGAUUCAAAUGCCAUGUUACUUCAGAAUCGCAUGUGCGCAACCUUCAGGUCGUAGGCGAGGAUCCCAAAAAGUACAUCAACGGCUUCAGCAAUGAUUUCCAAAGAGACUUUGUCAACUUGCUUCGCACGGCGCAUAAUGAGAAGUGGAUCUCCGUUAACCGGUUCUACAACGAAUACAUUCGGGAUAAGGAGCACGUCCACAUGAAUGCGACAAAAUGGAGCUCCCUCACAGAAUUCACCAAACAUCUCGGGCGAGAGGGCAUAGUUAACGUCAAGGAAGACGAAAAAGACGGGCUGAUGAUCGCUUGGAGAGACACAUCCGCUGCUGCCGUAACACGGCGCAACGAAAUCGCUGAGCUCGAAGCCGCCGAGGCUCGCAGCGGUGCAGGUGAAGACAAAAUGCUGAAGAAAAUGGCGAAGCGUGCACAAGAAGAAGCAGAUGCCAAGAAGGCUAUCGAAGCAAAGCGAGCAGCUGCCCAGGCGUCGAUGCAACCAGCAACACAACAAGUCACACCACCCGCCGAAGAAUCUUCGCCAACAGACAAAACAUCAGCGGACGACAAACAGACAGAAUCACCUAUUGAUGGCCAGAAACAAGACGAAGAAAAGAAAGAUGGCGAGGAACCAAAGGCACCCGCCAAGUUGAGCUUUGGACUCAAAACAAAGGCUGCGCCGACGGGUAAGCCUGGCUUGGGACAAAUGAAGAGUCAGAGCAUUUUCAAGCGGAAGAAGGAUGAUUCUGAGCAAAAGCCCGUCAAGAAGAUUAAGCUUUGA